AUCGAUUCCCACGCCCUCGCUCUAAAAUCAGCUGUUUGGCACAGAAAGUUGGGUGGCUUUCGUUAAUCCAAUGAAAUAAACAAAAAAAACACCACAAAAACAAUGCAGAUAAAGCCCAUCAUUACGUAUUCCGGCUCGGGCCCGCUGUUUCGCUCACUGGAGUCGCAAAUCCUGAAUGCCAUCCCCUUGGACACAUGCGAGUGGAGACGCACCUUCCAACGCCCCACUAAACAUGUUCGUCUGGAGGCACAGACCCAGCAGUUCAAUGUGGCUGCUCUGGAGAAGUACAAGAAAGGUGACUGGAGCAUCUUGGAGCACCCAAUAUUGCACAUCUUCGUCACGGAAUGCAAUGACGUUGACGCCUACAAGGCCUCCACCAGGGAGGAGAUUGAUACUUGGCUCAAACUUUUGACCAGUUACGGCGUCUCGGACUGGAUGAUUCUGCUGGUGGAGACAUUGGACAUGCGGAAGACCAAGAACUUUAUGCCACGCACCACGGUGCUGGACAAGAUUCGACUGGACUUCAGCACCAAGAACGACGAUCGCUGCAUCUCCGUCCUGAACCCGGCCAAGUUCGAGCAGAAGUCCACGGAGUCGUUCCGCUGCCUGGUGCAGCGCAUCCGCUUUCUGAUGCUCACCAGCUACAAUCGCAACAUUGUGAAGUACGAGGAACUCAUACGGAGCAAGCGCGAAAAGCGGAACCUUGAGGGCUGGGACUUUCGCCAGUAUUUCUUCAUGCAGGAGGACUUGGCGCUGAUCUUCGAGAAGCUGGAGCUGCCCACCGAGGCGCUGAUACAGUACGACGAACUGGACGCCAUGUUCUCGCAGUUCGUAACGCACACUGGCCUCAACGAGAAGCAGCAGUGGCUGAACCACUUUCGGCGGCCCUUGGACGCAUUCCAUGGCAUUUGCCUGACCCGGCCGGACCGGUUCGAAAUGCGCAACAAGAUACGCGACGAGGGCGUCUCCCUGCUGGAGUUCCGCAACUAUCUGUUCGAGAGGCAGGCCUAUCUGCUGCUCACCUGCAACGACAUCCCGGAGAUCGCAAAACGACUGCUCAACUUCCUCUUCUCCACGCUGCGCGAGGUGGAGUUCAUUAAGCUGGAGUGCCAGGAGGGCGCCCUUUGCUGCUGGGAGUUCGUUUGCGCUCUGGAGGUUCUGCAGCUGUGCGAGCAGGCCAUGGAACCCAACGAGGUUACCUGCUUCCAGCACUGCGCUCCCAUCUGGAACUUGGCCAAGGACAAGCUCUAUGAGCUGGGCAAACUGUGUGGCCUUUUGCCCGGCUGUACGCCCACUUCGGAGCAGCUUCACAUAGUGGUGCAGCUGUCGUCGGGUAUAGGGGAUGCCCCGCCGGAGCCGCAGCAGUUCCUGCAGGCCACACCUCAGCUGCGGGAACGUUCUCCCAACCGCAAGCCCAAAAAAUCGGCGGCCGAGCAGCUUAAGGAGGCAUUGGGCUCCAAUCAGGCAUUCCAGAAGCUCUACCUGGAGCUGGCGGAGUUGGCCAUCAGUACGUACAAACAUGUAACCCGCUUGCGUUCGGCUCGUUUGGUGGGCUUGGAUCUGGGAAACUUCUACUGUGCCCUAAAUGAACCGCACAAGGCGGUUGGAUUCUUCACGGAUCUCCUCAGGGAACUGAAGGCCGAAAACUGGCAUAUGCUGAGCUCCCAGACGCUGCUCGAACUGGCCAACUGCUACCGCAAGAUGGGCGACUCGCUGGCGUACACCAAGACCUGUAGCUCUAUAUCGUGUUGCGCCGAACUGGAGACUUUAGUGCGAACUUUCUAUUUCGAUGAGUUCCUUAAAUCGCUCAAAACUCUGAAGACAACUCUAUCGGCUCAGCCGUCCAUGGAGAAUGCCAACUUUUGUGUGCUAGAGGAUCAUUUUCGCGUCCUGGACAUUGAGGUUGUCACACCAAAACCUAUUAUUCAAGAUGAUUACAUCCUGGUGCAGCUGAAAGUGGAGAGCCUCUACCCGCGUGGGAUCGUCGCUGAAAAUAUAAAGCUUUGCUAUGAGUUGCAAGCGGCUCCUUUGGAACUAGCCAUGGAAAACGUGUCUCUGACUUCCUCCCCGUCGGCGGUGAAGGUCAAGGACGGGUCCACCACGACCCGCCUGAAGGUGUCCCUGCAGCUUGUCUACAAACAGGACAAUCGUUUGCACUCAGCAGCCGUGGCCUGCGACAUGCCCAAGAGCAAGCAGCCCGUGCGUCGGACGAGCAGCACCAAGCGGAAGCUCUCGCCCAGUGUCCAGGCGGACUUCACCAACUUUGUGCAGGCAGAGAACAUUGCCCUUCAACCAGGCGUCAAUUUGAUCGAACUCAAGGCAAAGGCCACUCGAGUGGGCAGCUGGCAGUUCAAACAGCUCUGCGUCAGCAUGUCCAGCCUGGAGUUCUUGUCCGAGCAGCUUCCAUUUACGCCUCCCAGCUUUGAGAUCAGCACCAAGCCAGCCAGUGCCACGCUGGAGUUCAAGACUCUUAUUGCCGGUAUGGUGCAACCGAUUACUCUGAAUGUUUCCGGCGGAAGUUUCAUCUUUCCGCCCGAUGCAAAAAUCACACUGCGUUGCUCAAAGAACCUACGCAUACGACAGGCGCGGAACUCGGAGGAUGUAGCCGCUUAUAAUGAAGAUGCAUCCUUUGAAAGUCUACUGCAGGUUCCGCUGCUGCAAUUCAAGUCGUUCGAGGAACGCAAAAUUCCACUGGAGGUUCUGACGGAUAUGCCGGGCCGUAAGGUGUCCAAGAGUGUCCAUGAGCACCACAUUGCCCUAAGUUGCCCGUGGUCCCGCACUGAGCUGCCGAUUCCCGUGGAAUUUCAACCAGCCAUGGAGGCCACUUGCCGGCUUCAUACGUGCGGCACUCAGAAGUUCUUACAGGUGAUCAUGAAGGGCCUGGAUGCACAUCUCCUUCUGCAGAAUGCUCAGGUCAAGUGUGAUGUACCCGGUGUGCAACUGCGAGAUCUCAAUCCCGAGCCCCAUCAGCCCAUAGAAAUCUACAAAUCGCUAACAGUCACAUAUCUAUAUGAGAUCCAAGUUGAGCCCCUCAAAACCGAGCACGAACUGCCUGUCGUUAAAGUGCAUUUUGUUAUUAAAUACGCUCCACUUUCGCAACCGGAUGUGUGGAGAACCUAUGGAUGCGCUUUUGAUCUUGUGGACUACACUACGCUCUUCAAGCUGCAGGCUCAGCUGGAACCCAAUGAGCUGUGCCGCCUGCGCACCGUUUGCAACCUGAACCUGAAGAUAACCAAGGUCCAUGAGAAUCCGUACACGGAUUUGAUGUACGAAGUACUUAACGAUCAGAAUUUGUGGGCCGUUUGCGGUCGCUCAGCGGAUAUGGGUGUGGUUUCCAUGAAGGACGUGGACAGUCAUUCCAUAUCCCUGGAUGUGAUGCCGCUGAGUACCGGCUUUCUGCCCAUGCCCAGCAUUCGAUUGUCCAAGUACACGGCCGGGGGCAAGAGCAAGACCGAUGCCCACUCUAAGGUGCAUCCCUUUCCGCCCGGACAGGUCUACAACUCCACGAAGAGCAUGCAGAUCCAUGUCAUAGCCAGUGUGGCUGGGGAUCAGUGAGCAGCCAAAUUGAAUAUAAAGUAAUUGCAAUGUACUCGUACCACAUACAUAUGGCCUAUGGUCAAGUAUUAUUAAUUAUUUAUCUUUCUACUAUAAAGAAGUAAAAGUUGAAAA